AUGGCUUUGAAAUCGAAAUUUCAUGCAACGACCCUAUUACUCCAACUGUUUCUGAGUUUUCUUGACAGCCAAGACCCUUGCUCUCACGUUUUGUCCAUCCGGGUGUUGGAGAAAGAAUUGGCCAAUCGCGGAAAACAGGAACUUGGCCAUCUUUUGGAGAACGCUCAGAGGUUGUCAACGUCGUACUACGACAAAUUACACAAAACCGGUGAUGAAAAAGAUUUAGAGUGGGCGAAAGAAGAACUUCUCCGGGCUAAAUCCGACCUGAUAGAAAGUGCACUCAACAUGGAACAUUUGUGGAGGGAACUGAGUCAUCUCUACAUGGACACGGAACCGAAAGAGCGUUCGUCGAUAAUUCAAAAAAUUCCCCAACUGGCAGCUCAGCAUUUACUGGACGGAUUCUGCCUCGAGCUACUCGACGGCGAUUCCAAUUUGAUCCACUUGCAAUGGGUGGAAGAAGUUUUACUCCAACUGGGCAAAUUAGUGAGAGGAAAAGGCGUCUUUGUCUUGUCCGUCAUGGGCAUCCAGAGCAGCGGCAAAUCGACUUUGCUCAACACAAUGUUCGGCAUCGGAAUGAGGACCAGCGUCGGCCAAUGCACUCGGGGUGUCAACAUGCAACUGCUGGCCGUCGAGGGCCAUGCCGAGUACGACUACAUUUUGCUGCUGGACACGGAAGGGACUCGAUCACCGGAAUAUCACGGCCUGGCCGGAAGCGAAAAACGGGACAAUCAAAUGGCAACUCUGAGCAUUUUACUGUCGGACGCGACCAUCAUCGUCAUCCCGGGCGAGAACGACGCGGCCGUUAAAGAAAUUUUGCCAAUUGUUUUAAUGGCGAACCAAAAUUCCCAACUGGCCAAAGAAAACGGCGGACGACUUCGCACAAGGAUCUUUUUCGUUUACAAUCGGAUCGACACGAAACAGAAAAACAAAUUAUACACCAUCAUUCAAACACUAGGAACUUCACUUCACGAAGCUUUCAGUCAAGUCCAAAAUAUGACUGGCAAUUCGAGUAAUUUAAAGUCGGAAAGUCCUUUCGCCAAUUUCAAUCUCACCAAGACCGACUCGUCGCGUAGUGACGUCUGUAUUUUGGGAAAUGUCAAUAAACAAACCAAACCACCAGGUGAUGUGCCGGAUGAAAUAUACGGAGUAGAACUCGUCCAGUUUUGGGAACACAUCCAUCAACGCGUGACAAAGAUCGAAGGCGGCAAAAUGUGGAAAAGUAUAUCCUUCAGCGCAUUUUCCAGUUGCAUAAGAAAUGUCUGGAAAUGUAUCUGCUCCGCCAACCUCACCUUUACUUUCGUCACUGUGAUGGAACAUGCAAUGUUUGACCAAUUGGAUUUGGAGUACAAAAAUAUUAAACGAAAAUUGGCUGUGAUUAAACGAAAAUUGGCUGAAGCUUACGAAAAGUCCUUAAAAAUCGUCAAAUCAGAAAUGAUCAAAUCGAUCGAAGAAAGAAAAACUUCAGUUUCCUUUAACAACUACUUUAACUACGAAGACAAACUUCGCAAUGAAGUACAUCUUGCUGUAGAGGAACUAAAUAAAGAGGUGAAUGACGUGGUGAACAAAAAAGGCCAAGAAAAGUGGAAACUCCAAUUUCAAAAUAUGUGGGAUCGCAACAAGAAGGAUCAAGAUUUUAACUGUAGAUUAAAACUGAAAAAUGCCUACGAUAGACUGUUCAACUUCGAAAGUCGUGUGGAAGAAUACAAAAAGAAAGUGCGUCAGGAAAUCAACAAUUUCUUCAAAUCAACCAACUCAAACGUUUCCGGAUGGAGAGAAAAUGAAAAGAAUCAAGUAUUCGAAGAAAUGUUCCAGAAAAUUUUAGACGAAGCGAAAAUGGAAUUUCCUACCAUAGACGUGCAAGGUGAAAUUAAAAAAGUGUGUCAAAACAGCAGUGUGAUUAACAAAAGACAAACUGAAAUAAAAUGGACUGAUGAACAGAUCAAUUCAAUAAUGGACUAUCAAUCGUUCUUAAAAUUUGAAGAACAACAGUUUGAUAGCUUUUUAAAUGACAACGGCAACGAGAGAGAAAAGAAAAAACAAAAUCGCGUCACAAUGUGUGCUGAUUCUGUUAGAGACACCAUCAACAGAAUCGCAGCUGUGACGCUCUGUUAUGACAAUAGUAUCGUUUCUCAUAUUAUUCGUGAAAUACAUUCCAAACUACGCGCACACCAACUUACUUAUCAUUCCGAUGUUCAGAAUAUGUUUCAAUAUGGUAUGGUACUUACAGUCAAUUUCAUGGAAAAAAUUCAAGAUCAAUGGGAAAAAGAAAACUCGGUGCCUGCGAAACUCGAGUCCAACAAAGAAAAUCUGUGCAAGAAUUUCAUGAUGGUGUCAAACGGCGUGGCAAAGACCAAGCUGUUUGCUUCUAACAUGGCAGACAUCUUGGAAGAAAAGAUUAUUCCAGCAUUUGAAAAUGAUAUGGUGCAGAGGACUUUUCGAAGAAUUCGAAACGAGCGUUGGCUAUACGAUGCCAGAUUCAUGCAAAAGCACAUGGAUCUCCAUUUGAUCGACUUGCUGGAAAGAGAGAAAUUGAAUCAAGUAUUCGAUUACAUAGCCAAUCCUCAGAGACUUUACGCAGACGUGCUCCACCUUUUAAUCGCUCAAAAGGUCCCCAACAUUGACAAUGAAUGGGAAAGUUUCAAAAAUAAUUUGAGAAAUGCAAUUGAAAAAGCAGCAGCAGUCGAAGUCGACAAAGAAAGAGCGCAGAAUUUUGUCGACCAAUUACGAAAAGAAUUUGUGUAUAGUUAUUUGCAGAGCGAAAUUUUAGGCUCGGCAUUUCGAAUCGAUUUUAGUGGCGAAUACGAAGACUGCGACAACGAAGAGAAGAAAGAAUUUCAAGAGGCCUGCUGGAAAAAAUUAAUUGAAGUUCUAGAAAAGCAAGAAGCUAUUACAAAUCAUAGAGAAUAUUUUGAAGAAUUAAUUCCAAAAGUAGUGCAACACAUUAAAAAUGCAAACGAUAAAGCAGCACUACCUCGAUGCGACGCUUGUUGUCCCUUGUGUGAGAGUCUGUGCAUCGAAUCGGCCAAUCACGACAAACAAGACAGACCUCAUGAUGCAGUCCAUCAACCAGGGGGAGUUGCCGGAGUAUCAUACGUACGCUCUGAGGAACUGGAUCACAUGACAUGCAGUCAAUCUUACGAAGAAGACGGUGCAUUUUAUCUUAACAACGAUGUCCGUUAUCGAUACAGCGACUAUGCCAAGGCUUUUCCUGGAUGGAAUGAUCCUCGCAUCAACGAAGAACUGCCAUUGCGUCAAUACAUUUUAGCUACUUACAACAACGAAAUUGCCAAAAAUUACAACAAGAAACCUUCGACGCGUAUUCCCCGAAGCUACUCUUCAAGAACUUUGUCCUCCAUCAAGGAACAACUGGAAAGGGAAAUUAGGGAUUGAUGAUGUGACGCUGCAAAUGUUU